CUUCAACUGACGACACUCUUCUUGCUGGUUUUCAAUUGUCGACACCCUCCGUCAGAUCUUCAUUCUCUGCAAUUGUUUUUUGUUCCGCUGUGCGGACUCGCUCAAGAUGCGGUGGUGCCUUUCUCUUCUUUCUUUCUGCUUCUUGGCCGUGGCACAUGCGUUGAGUAGCUCGGGGAACCGCCUGCUGGUGGUUUUGGAGGAUGCGGACGACAAGGGCCUUUAUUCUACGUUCUGGAGUGAUUUAGAAGCGCGCGGAUAUGACCUCGACUUCCAAUCGCCCAAGAGCUCUGACCUGUCCUUGUUCAAGUACGGGGAGAAGGCCUACGACCAUCUCCUGAUCCUCCCCCCUCGGUCGAAAGGGUUGGGCCCGGCUUUGAGCCCUAAGAAUAUCGUGGACUUCGUGAACGACGACGGCAACGUCCUGCUCGGUCUCUCCGGCAAGUCGACCACACCAAGCGCAAUCAGCUCGCUACUCAUCGAGCUCGACUUCCACAUGUCAUCGGACCGCUCCUCCGUCGUCGUCGAUCACUUCAACUACGAUACCAUCUCUGCGCCCGAGAAGCACGAUGUCCUGAUCGUCCCGCGACCGGGCCAGCUCCGACCGGAUACCAAGGACUUCUUCGGCGGCGAAGGCGUCCUGGCUUUCCCGACUGCCUCUCCCCACACCCUCGGCGACGAUAACAACCUCGUUGCGCCUAUCGUGCGCGCCCCUGCGACCGCCUACAGCUAUAAUCCCAAGGAGAGUGCGGGAUCCGUGGAGGAAGUGGCGGCUACGGGCUCCCAGCUGGAUAUUGUGUCUGCCAUGCAGGGUCGCAACUCGGCUCGAUUCACUCUGCUCGGCUCUGUGGAGAGUCUCCAGGACCAGUGGUUCUCCGCGACUGUCAAGACCCCGAGUGGAAAGAAGACGCAGACUGCCAACCGGGAAUUCGCCCAGCAAUUGACGGCCUGGACCUUCAAGGAGACCGGUGUGCUCAAGGUUGGAAAGGUUGAGCAUAGUCUGGCUACGGACGUUGAGUUGAAGGAGCCGAACCCCGCGAUGUACCGUGUUAAGAAUGAGAUCGUCUACAGCAUCGAACUUUCCGAGUACGAUCAGGAUCGCUUCGUGCCGUUCGAAGUCCCCACCAACGAUGCGCUGCAGCUCGAGUUCACCAUGCUCUCGCCCUUCCACCGUCUCGACCUCGAGCCCCUAGGCCGAACCGCCAACAGCACCAUCUACGGCACGCGCUUCACCGUCCCCGACCAGCACGGCAUCUUCUCGUUCCGCGUCAACUACAAGCGUCCUUUCUUCAGUAACAUCGAAGAAAAGGAAGAGGUGACGGUCCGCCACUUCGCCCACGACGAGUAUCCCCGCAGCUGGAAGAUCACUGGCGGAUGGGUCUGGAUCGCCGGCCUGUGGUCGGUGAUCGGUGGGUUUUUGGCCUUUGUUGUCGUGUGGCUGUACUCUGCGCCGAAGGCGACUGUCGACUCGAAGAAGACGCAGUAGUUGAUAUAUUAGCACAUAAUUACUGAAUGAAUACUGUCUUAUUUCGU